AUGUCGCACCGCAAGUACGAGGCACCCAGACACGGCUCUUUGGCCUACCUGCCGCGCAAGCGUGCCGCCCGUCACCGCGGCAAGGUCAAGUCCUUCCCCAAGGAUGACGCCAAGAAGCCCGUCCACCUUACGGCCACCAUGGGCUACAAGGCCGGUAUGACCACGAUCGUUCGCGACCUCGACCGUCCCGGUGCCAAGGCCAACAAGAAGGAGGUCUUGAUCGUUGUUGGUCUUGUGGGCUACAUCGAGACCCCCCGCGGCCUGCGCUCGCUCACCACCGUCUGGGCCGAGCACUUGAGCGACGAGAUCCGCCGCCGCUUCUACAAGAACUGGUACAAGUCCAAGAAGAAGGCCUUCACCAAGUACGCCAAGCAGCACUCCGAGAACUCUGGCGCCUCCAUCACCCGCGAGAUCGAGCGCAUCAAGAAGUACUGCACCGUCGUCCGUGUCCUCGCCCACACCCAACCCCGCAAGACCCCCAUCAAGCAGAAGAAGGCCCACCUCAUGGAGAUCCAGAUCAACGGUGGCUCCGUCGCCGACAAGGUCGACUUCGGCUACGGUCUGUUCGAGAAGCCCGUUGAGGUCGACUCCAUCUUCGAGCAGAACGAGAUGAUCGAUGUCAUCGCCGUUACCAAGGGUCACGGAUUCGAGGGUGUCACCGCCCGUUGGGGUACCAAGAAGCUUCCCCGUAAGACCCACAAGGGUCUGCGUAAGGUCGCCUGUAUCGGUGCCUGGCAUCCUUCCCACGUCCAGUGGACUGUCGCCCGUGCCGGUCAGAACGGAUACCACCACCGUACUUCCGUCAACCACAAGGUCUACCGCAUUGGCAAGGCCGGUUCCGAUAACAGCGCCUCCACUGAGAUUGAUGUCACCAAGAAGACCAUCACUCCCCUCGGUGGCUUCGUCCGCUACGGUGAGAUCAACAACGACUUCGUCAUGGUUAAGGGCUCUAUUCCCGGUACCAAGAAGCGUGUCAUGACUCUCCGCAAGUCCAUGUUCACUCACACCUCGAGAAAGGCCCUCGAGAAGAUCGACCUCAAGUGGAUCGAUACCUCGUCCGAGUUCGGACACGGUGCUUUCCAGACCCCGGCGGAGAAGAAGCAGUACCAGGGUACCCUCAAGAAGGACCUUGCUGCUCACGGCACCAGCACCAGCAGACUCCUCCAAUCUCGUCAGGCUACCACCAGCAAGUUCUCGACAUUUGCAAACUUGAAAAUGUCUGACGCAGACUACGCGGCGUUCCUGGACAAGGCGAAUCAGGACCCCAACGAGGGGUACGCCGCGACGGCCAGCAGCAAGAGCAAGGAGUUCAAGGCGCAGGACAAGGGCGCCGAGGUACCAAAGGCCAUCCAGGCUGUAUUGAAGGAGGACAAAGUGUACAUUUCCGACGCGGACGAGCCGUUUGUCGGUGUCGCGCUGCAGUGGGAUGAGGCUGGCAAGGGCCUGCCGGACGAAGUCGAAUUCGCGCAGCUGAUCGAGCACCCCGACGCCGAGAACGCGGAUGUGGAGCUCCUCGACCCCGUGGACUGGGACUCGAACGGCGACUACAAGGACGUCAUCGAAGCGGUCCGCAAGGCGGGCAAGGGCAACGACGUCAGAGUUUACAAGGUGCCAAAGGGCGGCGUCCGGACGGAAUACUGGCUCGUCACGACAGACGGGAAGGGCAAAGAGGCGAAGCUCGUGGGCGUCAAGGCGCUGUCUGUCGAGAGCUGA